CCAUCCCCCGCUGGAGGUGCAUUCUCAGACCCAGCCUUUCACUUGCCACCCCAGGGUUUAAGUUCGAAAGAUGUUUCCGUGAGUAACAUCUUUCGCUCAAUUUCAGUCUGUUUGCAGAGGCCAAUAUCUUUCUUCUGGUAAUCGUCGUGACUCGCCAUAGUAGUCGAUUUGAAAUGGGAAGCAAAGGUCGUAUCCCACCUCCUCAUCUGAGAAGAUCUCUUCCUGGCCCUGGCAUGAUGCAUCCUGAUCCAUUUGGUCCCGGCAUCCGCCCUCCACCUGGUGGCUUUCCUCCUUUUGAUAUGAUGCCCCCUCCAGAAAUCAUGGAACAGAAGCUUGCUGGACAGCAUGUGGAGAUGCAGAGACUUGCAACAGAGAACCAAAGGCUUGCAGCUACUCAUGCAACUUUGAGGCAAGAACUUGCUGCAGCACAGCAGGAAUUGCAGAGAUUGCAGGCCCAUAUAAGCGUCAUGAAGACAGAUAAAGAACAACAAAUGAGCGGCCUCAUGGAUAAGAUAGCCAAAAUGGAAGUGGACCUGCAGGCUGCAGAACCUGUUAAAAUGGAGUUGCAGCAGGCAAGAACUGAAGCCCAGACCUUAAUUGCAGCAAGACAGGAGCUCAUUUCAAAGGUGCAACAACUCACACAGGAUCUCCAGAGGACACACUCAGAUGUUCAACAGGUUCCUUCUCUAAUAUCAGAACUUGACAGCCUCAGGCAGGAAUAUCAACACUGCAGGGCUACUUAUGAUUAUGAAAAGAAACUAUACAAUGAUCACCUUGAGUCGCUACAGGUGAUGGAGAAAAACUAUGUUUCCAUGGCCAGGGAGGUAGAAAAACUUCGAGCAGAACUGGCUAACACCACUAACCUUGAGAGAAGAACUGCCAAUCAGAAUGCAGGUGGGCCAUAUAGUGGCACACCAUAUAGUGGCAUGUCUGGAUACAUGGAAAAUGAGGCAACAGGAAACCAUACUGUUGGACAAAAUGCUUAUGAGGAUGGAUAUAGUGUUCCUCAGGGACGUGGACCCCCUCCUGGUUCUGCUGCUGCUGCUGCAUAUGGUGGAGGCCCACCUGGUCCUACUGCACGUGCUGGAUAUGAGGCAUCCAGAGGGCCUAGCUAUGAUGCCAAUAGAGGGCCUGGUUAUGAUUCAAAUAGAGGCCCUGGAUACGAUGCACCAAGAGGAGGUUCAGGGUACGAUGCACCGAGAGGUCCCGGAUAUGAUGCACCAAGAGGAGGUUCAGGGUAUGAUGCACCAAGAGGAGGUUCAGGAUACGAUGCAACAAGAAACGCUGGUUAUGAAGCACAACCCAGAGGUGCAGCUGGAUCCCAGGGACAGGUACAAUCUGCAAAUAAUCUACCUUAUGGCUCAGCAACCCCUCCUGCUCGUGCUGGUGGCGGGGGAUAUGAUGCCCCUCGUGGUGGGAAUCCUGUUAGGCGAUGAGUUUGUGCUGUCAUCAUUUAUAGUUCGGUGCUCUUGAAAACUGCUUUACUAAGUGGGCUAUUGGAGAGAUUCUGUUCACAUGUUUUUUUUUUUUUUUUUUUGGUCUCGUACUUCAUUUCCUUUUAACUCAAGACAUGUGUUGUUGAUGAUUGGAAACUCCACAUUUACAGGGCAAUCUGUGAACUGAGUGUAGGCAUGCUUGUCUGGAGGAGCAUGAUAUUAAUGAAAUUGGGGAGUUCCUCAGGGGUGGUUGUUCUUUUCAUUCCUGCUAUGCAUUUUUCUUGUUCUGAUCAA